AUGAAGCUCAUUACUAUCAUUUUCAUUUUUACCACAAGUAUACGAUUGGGCGUUUCGCAACAAAAUGAAAUGUUAUUAUUUGCCUGUCGUUUUUUUAAUGGUAUGUUUGGCGGUAAAUGUGCUAAAAUUCUAUCUCAGGCAGGGACACAAUCGGGGUUUAAGACCAUAACUGAAGCUUUCAUACCAACAUCAACCCGAGCACAGUUUACGACAGGUCCAACAUCAACACCAUCACAGCCUUCGACAGGCUCAACAGUAACAACAGCUCAACCCACGAGAGGUUCAACAAGAACACCAGAACAACCUACGACAGGAUUAACAGCAACAACAGCUCAACCUACGGGAGGUUCAACAAGAACACCAGAACAACCUACGACAGGAUUAACAGCAACAACAGCUCAACCUACGGGAGGUUCAACAAGAACACCAGAACAACCUACGACAGGAUUAACAGCAACAUCAGCUCAAUCUACGAGAGGUUCAACAAGAACACCAGAACAACCUACGACACAACCACUUCCACCUACACAACCUCUUCCACCGAUACAACCACUUCCAACACAACCACUUCCACCUACACAACCUCUUCCACCAAUACAACCACUCCCGACACAACCACUUCCACCUACAUAA